GAAGUGACAGCUGUCAUUCCCUACACUGCUUCGCUGCUUCUUCUUCUCAAACUCGCAAAGAUGGCAAGUCGUGGAAAUCGUGCUCGUUCGCAACCCAUCGAUAAUACCAUUUCCCACGUCCAGUGCGAUGGCCUGGCGGCGAUGAAAAUGGUAAAACAUUGCCAUGAAGAAUCGCUGAAUAAUAUGGAAGUGGCCCAAGGUGCACUGCUCGGGUUGGUAGUUGAUGAUCGGUUAGAAAUUACCAACUGCUUCCCGUUCCCCAAGUCGGACGAGACGAUCGACGAGGAAGAGUACCAGCUGACGAUGAUGCGCCGUUUGCGGCGCGUGAAUGUGGACCACUUUCAUGUCGGUUGGUACCAGAGCGCGGACGUGGGUAACUUCCUGUCCAGCACACUGCUGGAGUCGCAGUACCAUUAUCAGACAAGCAUCGAGGAGUCGGUGGUUUUGAUUUACGAUACGCAGAAGUCGGCCCGUGGCUUCCUAACGCUCAAAGCGUACCGCCUGACACCGCAGGCCAUCGCGAUGUACAAGGAGCGCGAUUUUACGCCGGAAGCGCUGCGUAAUCUGAAGGUCGGUUACGAGAACCUGUUCAUCGAGAUCCCGAUUGUGAUCAAGAACUCGGCACUGUGCAACAUCAUGAUGUCCGAGCUGACGGAGAUGGUGCCGGAAGAGGAGGGCACACACUUCCUCGAUCUUGGCACUGCGUCCGUACUGGAGAAUCAUCUCCGGUGCAUGAUGGAUCGGGUGGAUGAGUUGAAUCACGAAGCGACUAAGUUCAACAAAUAUCAACAGGCAGCCAUCCGGCAGGAGCAGGAGAAGCAUCGAAUGUUGGCCAAGCAUGCGCAGGAAAAUGCGGCCCGCAUUGCGAAGGGUGAACAGGCCGUACCGGAGGAGGAAGUGAACAAACUAUUCCGCCCGAUUCCGGUCCCGACCCGGCUGAAUCCGAUGAUCGUAUCGGGACAGAUCAACACGUACGCGCAGCACAUUUCUCAGUUCUGUUCACAAUCGCUGGCUAAGCUGUACAUGACGCAAGCACUGCAGAAUGCCAAGGAGAACAAGCAGUAGAGAAAUUCGAUCGGAUUUGUAUUUGAAAGAGAAAAGAAUCCAUUAAACAUUUAACGCCAACUAGCCAUCGUGCGAACGUUCCAAACGGUUGAGAGAAGGCGAAGUGGAAGGAGAUUACAUUGACGGGAAGGUGAAGGAUCACGAAAAAAGGUGUUUAUUCUAAUAUACGAAAAUGAACCAGCCUUUUGUGGUGAAACUACGCUGCAGAAGUGUCUGGGACAGACCAAAA